UCUGGUGAUAGAUACCUCGAAUAACGGCUUCGAUGGUGUUGGAGAUGGUGGCAGAAGAAGGCGGCGGGGGCGGGGGCGUGGCGGCCGCGGUGUCUCGCCGUCAGCUCCUGCAGCUCAGGGAGCGAAGCAGAGGACAGGCCAGGCAGCUACUGGCUACUAAACGACGCCUCAAAAAUCAGAUUGAGCUGGCUGGGCACAUCCACGAGGAACGAGACGCGAACUUGCGUUCGAUCAAAUCUCAGCUCCUGCUUCUGGAGGCGGGCCUCCGGAGACGACAAGAGGAGCUCGCAACUGUGCUACGCCAGAAGGACCAGACUAUUCGUGACCAACAAAAAUUAAUCUUGACUCUUGCUUCUGUAUUGAGUCAAGUCACCGGGCACAAAAAGAUAGUGGAAGUUUUGUGUCUUGCCUCUAAAGAGGAUCCAUCAGUUGAUUUAGUUAAAGUUCUCAAAGAUAUUUUAGCUUUCACUCCUUGUUUAGAGAAUGACAACAGAAAUUCUAGGAAUUCGUCAGAUCAAACGCAAAAUGCACCUACAACAGAGUUAAACAAUGUCCUAAAUCGACAGAAAAAUACAAAACGCGAGAAGCGCAGAAAUGUACCUUAUUCUGAGCGCAUAAUUAAAGAAGAAACAACGGACGAAGCUAAACCAAACGAUUCUACAUGUGAUACGAAGCCCGACUCUGACAGCGUAACUGACACGGACAGCGCCAUUAUGCUCGAGGAUACCUGCUCAGACUCGUUAGUGAUACUACCCUGUAUGCGUGAUGGAGUUAAAGUAAUCCGCAGCGUUUCAGAUGCUUUAGAGUGUGCUUCGAGGCCUUCACAACUUCCUGCAGAUACCGUCGACUCGGCUUCCAUCACGCCAGUCAACUCCUGUCCAUCGUCACCAAAAAUUGCAUCUGGCUCAUCCAAUAGUUUUCCUUCGAACUCCACACGCAGCUCGCUGUCGACCACGCCCUCGUGUUCGAGUUGCAGCGAAGACAGCGACGACAGUCCCAGUAGCACACUCAGCAAGAUGCGGUCGUUAUCUAGGGAAACGUUACUGAACAUUAAUGAAGAUCACUACAGUGCCGAGUUUGAUAGAGCAUCCACAAACGAAAGGAAUCACGUCAAAACUGCUGCAGCCGACGACGUCACGAUACAACCUUUAAAUGAAGAUCACGAUACCUCUAGUGUUUCCGUGGAUUGUGAGUCUAACUUAUCGAUAGAAGAUACGAUGGCCUCGCCUACCUAUGGAAGUGAUACAACUAUCAGCGAUGAGACUAGUGAUACAGAAGGACCCUUAGAAAAUGAUUUAAAAUGCGAGUCACGACUGAAUCUGGAUUCAGCUCCCGAAAGACGACUACUGCUUGGGUCUUCAGGGAAGACUGAGGACAGUGGAUCAAGUCCCUACGUGUACAAAAAGAAACCGGACGAAAUCUUUCAAGUAACAUACAAUCGAGUAAUGAGCAAUCACAGAUCAGUCACUAAAGUCAAAGACGUUAAAUAUAAGCGAAUCAACAAAGCAAAAUCGAGGUCACUAGAAGAGUUAAGGGGCAAAUUAAAAUUACGAGAAGGAAAACCUACCAUAUCAAUGAGUAUUGGUCAUUCCUAUGCUUAGAAUUGUCAUUGCUAUCUUUGAAAUUGGUACGACGAGCUCUAGAGGUUUUACCACAGUUCCCAUUUUGUAAAUAUCCCUGCGCACCAAAGUAUUAGUAGUAAAAAGACGAAUAGCGACAGCGCAACAAAGUAUAUCUCGUGAUAGACUUUCCCUACUUGUUUGUACAUAACUAUGAAGAUUAUAUGAAAUCACCGUAGUCAAUUUUAGUCACACUAGAUGUAGCAUUUUUAUGUGCAAUAUUUUGUAUUUUGAUAGUACAGAGUUAUUCUAAAUGAUUUGCCCAAU